UUAAAACAUGAUAUUCCUAGGACCAUGUAUUGACUAUUGAUCAAUAAUUUAUGUUAUCGAACGUUUAAAUAUUUAAUAUAAAUUUAUCAAUAUUUUCAAUUUUAGGGUAAGGCUAGAACUACAAUCAUUAUAGUCACAUAUUUUACAUAGCCAUGUGGAAAUGCCAUAAAUGUGGCAAACCAGUGUACUUCGCGGAACGCAUGCAAUCGUUAGGCUAUGACUGGCAUCCUGAAUGUCUACGAUGUGAAGAAUGUAGUAAGCGAUUGAACCCCGGACAGCAUGCAGAGCAUAAAGGUGUCCCUUACUGUCAUGUGCCAUGUUACGGUGUGUUAUUUGGACCUCAAUUAUAUGGCCAUGGUACUAGAGUGGAGUCUCAUACCAGUUUUGGUAGAGUCGAAAACAAAUAUCCCUUUGGGCCAAAUGUUGAAAGGUCCGAGUUGGACGAAAAACUCAAAAUGUACAACAAAUAUUAUGAAGGGCGUAGUGGAGAGAUUCGUAGCCGUGAGGUAAAUGGACGUCCUAUUCUAGAAGGGGCAUUAAGAAUCUAUUGGGCUGUGACUGACAUGAUUCAUCUGAAAGAAGAUGAUGACCAAAGAAUCAAAAAUAGAAUCCUUAGAGAAAAUGAUGUGCCACUAAUGAAACUACAAAGUAAAUAUGUAACUAAUAAUUCAAAAAAUGAUCAACACCAAAAUGGAAACAACUAUUUAAGCAAAUUUAAUACAUUACCAAAUAACUUAAAUCAUAACGUUGUUAAAGAUGACAUAAAUCAAUUUUUGAAAGUAGGAAGAGAAGUGAUAGACGAUGAAAAAGUAUGUAGUACAAAAGCUGAUAUAGAAGAUUUAAUUCCAGAUAAAAAUGACGAAUAUUCAGAAAACUUUGAAUCUCAGUUAGAAAAAGAGACUGUUGAUAAGUGUUUGCUGAGGAGUCGUUCAUUAGAUGAUGAUACCAGUGACAAUGAAUACAAUGAUGAAUCAUUAUCUGACCAUCAAGAUGAAUUUGUAAAUAACGUUAAAAUGCGUCGGAAAUCUGGAUCAACAGCUAUCAAAAGAAGAACUGGAAGAUUGAAUGGAAAGAAUAGAACUAAAUUGAAACGCAGAUGUUCAAUUAAUGGCCAUUUUUAUAAUCGUGAAACAAGUUUUUUCACACCACCAUAUGGUAGUCAAAUGUCUGUUUGGGUUACAUCAUUGGUUACAACACCAGAAGUUAUCAACUUGAUGUUAGACAAGUACAAAGUUGAUGGGAAAGCAUAUCAAUUUUCAAUAUUUCUUGUAUUUGAUAAUGGAGAACGUCGUAAAUUAUUGGAUGAUGAAUAUCCAUUGGUCGUAAGAUUAAUUCAAGGGCCACAUGAAGAUGUUUCUAGAUUAUACUUAAUGGAAAGUCGAACCACAGAUGAAAUUAGUUGUGAUGUGGCUCAAUUUCUUAACUUUAGUAUACCAGAAUGUAAAGCUAUUUUGGCUGGUUAUGAUGCUGAAGAAGAGAAACAUAUUAUGGCAGUUCAAGCAAAAUAUGAAGAAAUGAGAAGAAGAAUCAAACAACGUAUGGAACAGUUAAAAGUGCGACUUUAACCACUAGCUAUAAGUAUUUAAUUGAAUUUUGUAUUUAUGUUAUAUUAACGCACUAUAUUAUUUGAAGGUACUUUUUUUUACAUUUAUCAACUACCAAAUAAUAAAAAAUAAUAUGUAAAAACAUUAUUGUAGUGUUUAGUUUUCUAUUCUUAAGUAUACUUAGUUAAAUAUAAUAAGACUGAUCACAUUGAUCUAUUAUUUCCACCAAUAUGAAAAAUAACUGUUUCUAGGAUCAACAUUGUGAGCUAUUGACCAGAGUUAUCAUUAAAUUGAAAGAUGAAAAUAUUGUUUAAUGUUAAAUUCAAUUAUUUUUACUAACACUUUUUAUAUUUUUUAAGUGAGAUGCACAUUUAACAUAUUAUUUUUUAGACACUUAUUCAUUUAUUUCAAAAUAAUUAAGCAUUAGAUUAAUAGCAUCUGGAAAAAGUAAUUGAUAACCACGUUUUUCUGCACCGUUAUCUUAUUACAAAAUCACUACUAAACCAAAUCUGGAGUUCAAUAUUUUUUACUCCCUAUACUUACACUUACUCUCUUACAUGUAUAGCCUGUUAGGCUGUAUAUAGCCAAAUAUGUAAUCUUAUUUUAAAAUAAUAAAUAUUUUUAUUUAAUUUUCUUAAGUAAAAAUAUGUAACUAGUUAGUUGAAAUUGAAAAAAAAACAGAGUUAAUCCAUUUGUAUUCUAUGUAAUUUUGUUUUAGUUUAAUUUAAUUUUAAUGUUGAUAAAAAAAAAAUAUAUUCAAUUUUAAAUUUAAUAAGACCACAAAAAUACAAAAAUAUUAGUCUUACACGUGUGAGGUUCCAAAAAAUGACUUAUUUGACCCAGGAACGGCCUUAUAAAUAUAUACAUGCAUAAAAAAAUAUUAACUAAUUAGCAUAAAAUAUAUUUUUAAAUUGAUGCACAAACGUUAGAACAUAGAAAUGAAACCUAGCAUCAUAAUUUAUAAUAUAUACUAUAAAGCAUUUACUGUUUCAUUCCCUUUUAAUAAGUAAAUAGAGAAUUACUAUUCAUUAUAUAACAAUUGUUUUGGCGUUAUUAGUCGUACUGAAAACAAAAAAGCAGACGAAGAGUUUAAUUAGAACUAAUAAGGAUAGUGUAUCUUCAAAAACUAAGGUGGGAACAGCUUUUAGGCACAAUAUUUGUAUAUUCAUUUGACUUAUUUGAAAUUAUAUCAUAUUUACCAGGGCCAUCCCUCAUUUAGCAGGGCCUAUAAAAAAAUGUGAUGCUUCCCACACAGAUACACAAAGGCUAUU